AAGUGAGAAGAGUGAUCUUUCUAUUUCGGAAGACGCAAGUUGCGCAAUGGCAAAUGAAGAGUUGGAUCUUCCUCGUGGUGAUGAUACGGGCCUUGACCCAGAAAUCAAGGAUUUGGAAGUUGAAGCAGCGUAUGCUACUUUGCUGGCGAGGGCUGGUGGGCCCUAUGAGCUGAAAGAGUGGUUCGUUGAGGCUGGUUUCAUUCUGAACUUUCCACUUGCACAGAAGAAGCAGCACAUGGUAGAGAGUGACAAGAAACAGAUGAAGGAAAAACUGUUGGCUCUGGCCCAGCGGUUCAAAGAAAGUAGUUUGAUCACUGGUACCUACGAGUCGAUCUCAGACAUUGAGACGAACCUGGAGAAGUGGGAGUGCUGUGUGUGUUUGCUGAAAUACCAGGAGCGGUGGGGGAACCGUUACUGGCGCAACAAGUGGGCGAAGCAGGCCCGUGGUACUGUUCUCUUCAUCAAUCCGGAAGAUCAGUCUGAUGUGCGGUGCAUCUCCUACAAACUGGAGCGAGGCGCCGAGGUGAGCACUCGUCGGCACGCGGAGGAGGGGAUAGGCGAGACCCAGGAUCUCAAGGAAGGUCGCAUCUCAAUCUUCGAUGAUGAGACCAUUCGUACCUGUACUACUUUGGCCAAGGGUGGUGCCAUCUCUGGUCAUCUUAGUUCCAAAGGUGAUGGCUCCUACUUCGGUGUGACUUUGGCCCGUGGUCUCCUAGGUCAGAUCUGGGAUGCCGUCACUGAUGGCUUCGCGUCUGACUGGGUGAAGUUGUGGAAGCGAAAGGGCAAGGCGUAUGGCGAAUCCAUUGGCAUCGACGACUUGGUGAUGGUUCCUGCCACUCAGGGUGGCAUCAUGCAGGGGGACCACAUGCUGGGCUACAUGACCACUGCUCUUCUUGUAGGUAACGGGCUGGCUACUCGUGAGCAGCUUGGUCUCUGUCCGGAUUCGGUGGCUGCCAUGGAUCAAUACGGUUCGGUGAUUUUCCAGAGGCUUGCAGCACUUGCAGCGCAGCAGCUUCCCGAGCCUUCUGGAUGUAAGGUGGUCUCCUUUGAAAACAUCUGUGAGAAUCGCCGCGGUCUCUUCCGUGACCAUGAGCACACAGAGCUGGCUUGCCGAUACACGCGCGAUCGCUGCAUUGUUCUGGGGCUCAGUGACUGUGAGUCCAAGCUCUACACUCCUCACUCAGCUUUCGAGACUGUUGGCUUUGAGGAGCCCAUCUAUUGGCUCAUCACACAUUCUGAUCACAUCAACAAGCUGAUUGACAAACUGGAUGAGUUGGUGUGGGGGUCCAUCACUGAGGCGGACUUCUUGGCCAUGUUUCCUCCUGCCAAUCCCGAGAAAAUUGGUGACCCUACCAUCGACUAUGAAGGCUUUGUCUUCAUGGAGACCAGGCCAAUGCAGUCGACCGGCACGAAUGGCGUGGUGUACAUGUACCGCAAGAUCAAGGGCCUGGCGUACUACAAGUCCCACAAGCUCCAUGCCGACAACCUCCCCUACUUGCUGCGACUGGGUGAGCGGGCGGGUCACAUCUUUCCUAUAGCUCAGCGUGCUUUGGAGCUCCUUUCACCAGGCGUUUUUCAGAGGAAGAUGGAGCAGGUCUUGGAACGGGUCCUGACUUUGCUGGAUUUCUCUGAUCCUCAGAACCCGCUGCUGGAUCGAAUCCGUACUGGACACGCAGCAGCUUUGGCCAAGGCACUAGCAGCUGGCAGCAAGAAACUGCCCAAGGACCCAUUGGUGGGUUUCGAGCAGCGCAGCGUGGAUGCACAGUGCAAGAUGGCGGUGAACAUCCAAUACGCCAAUUUCCCAGCAGAGGUGGCUGAAAUCUUCCAGGCGCAGUUCCCAAGCAUCGACGUCAAUGGUGAUCUGAUCUCCGGCCUCAAAAGCAUUGUGAUGUCGGUGAAGCCUUGGAUCCCCAAAGGGGAAGUCGGUUCUUUCACGGAGGAGAUCUCGACAGAUCACCCGCUCUUCCGGCCUUUCAUCAUGGCAUGCCUUGGACAGAGCGUUGCCAGCUGAGGGGCUCACCCGCGGCUGUACAGGGGCCUUUUUCGGAAGGUGAUAUAUGGUGAUAUCCAAUUUUGUGCCAGUUUUUGCAAUCGCCACCUUUGAUUACCAGGUAUUUGGACAGCCGAAUCACGUCUGUACAGUUCUGUACAGUUCGUCCAAAACAAAGUCUGCAAGCCUUCAGUAUGCCCCAACAUCUAAAUUUUGACUGGGAAAACGGUGAUAACUAAUCCAGUGGGUUCAGGGAUACAGCCUGGCAAUUG